ACAAUUCCCAUUUAAGACUAUCAUUUCCCUAACAAGCAGAAGCCAGCCCUCGUCAUCAGAAGUUGAAAAAUACCAGAAAAUUUUGCGUUUGGGAAGCGAGAAAGUGCGAGAAAAUGAGCGGAGCAGGAAAGAAAGUAGUGGAUGUGGCGUUCAAAGCAUCAAAGAACAUUGAUUGGGAAGGGAUGGCUAAGCUUUUGGUCUCCGAUGAGGCUCGCAAAGAGUUUGCCACUCUUCGUCGCACUUUCGAUGAAGUUAACUCCACUUUGCAGACCAAAUUCAGCCAGGGAACCUGAACCUAUUGAUUGGGAAUACCAUAGAAAAGGAAUCGGCUCUCGCGUGGUGGAUAUGUACAAAGAGGCUUAUGAUAGCGUAGAGAUCCCCAAGUUUGUUGACACAGGCACUCCUCAAUACAAACCAAAAUUUGAUGCGUUGGUGAGAAUCAAUAGUAUACUUGACUCUCUUUUACCUGUCUCAGAUUAUUUUUCCUUUUCUUUUUCCUUAUCUUUAUCUGAUGUGCAAUUUACUUGUGAUUGGGCUCCAAUAAUAAUUCGAGUUUUCUGUGUAGAAAAACGGAUUUAUCCGAAGUGGAUAUCAUAAGACACGCUUCAUUUAAGUAAAGUAGGCAUUCUCAUCAUCCAUGUUUUUAAUGAAAAAUUUUUUUCAUCUGCCUAGCCUGUUUCCUUGAGUAGUCUAUUUCGGAUGUACAAAAUUAAUGAAUAAGUCCUGAUUUUUAAAGUGGAACUACCAUAGAAGCUGUAAUUCUCCUAUGC